AUUCCGUAGUAACUUCCCUUUAUUGUCAUAACCUAUACUUAGACUUUUCAGAGUUACUUCCCCUUGAUAAAAAGUCGCCACUUGUAAUCUAAAAAGAAGUCGCCUGAAACAUUAACACUAGCAUGUUUAAAGCUUAUUAUUAUUACUGUGUUCAUUGUUGAUCUGAAUAAAGAGAUACAAAAAGACCACGUUCUUAUAUGAACACAGUAAUACCAUGCCGGUCGUACACUGCCCGAUCCCAGGAUGUGAAUAUGUGACGGAUGACCUUGAGGCAGCAAUUGUGGCUGCACUAAUAACAGCCCAUUCCAUGGCUCAUACACCUGGCCCAUCCGCCAAAAUUGAGAAGGUCAGGCGACCUACUAUUACAUUAGCUGGUACCAGCGAGGAGUUGGCCUAUUUCUUAUCACGCUGGACAGAUUAUGUCACGGCCACUAAGCUGGAAGGCCGCUCUAAAGUGAUUCAGUUGUUAGAAUGUUGCGAUGAACCUCUCAGAAAGGACUUGACACGUACGAACGGCAACACUCUGACAGAACUUAGUGAAAAAGAGGUACUCACAGCAAUUAAGACAUUGGCCGUUCGCGAAGAAAAUACAAUGGUUGCUAGAGUUAACCUACACAACAUGAAACAGGAUCGUGAUGAAACUGUGAGAAGUUUUGGUGCACGUAUUCGUGGUCAAGCUGGUGUGUGUAAGUUCAAUAUAAAAUGUGCUAACUGUGCCAGAGACGUUAACUACACUGACGCCAUUCUCCGUGAUGUUCUUACCAAGGGGCUUGCGGAUCCUGAAAUACAACUUGACCUCCUUGGUGACAGCAACCAGGACAUGAGUCUUGAGGACGUCUUUAAAUUCGUGGAAGCAAAGGAGGCUGGAAAGCGCUCAGCGUCAAGACUCCUGGACUCAAAUGCAGUGGAAGCUGCAAGAAGCUCAUAUAGAAAAGCAAAAAAUGAAAAUCAACCAACACCCAAGGACAAAACGGAAACCUGCAUUUACGCGGCACCAGAGGCAGGGAAGAAGGCCCCAUUUCUGGCUCGGGAAAGAAUGCCCAGCGUAGGGACACAUACAAUUUGUGCAAUCGCACCAUCAUCGGGAAAGGUUUGCCGUAAGGAUCCCCCAAAAAUUUCCAAAAACAUUAACAAAUUCUUGAAAAAUUACUGUUUUUGA